GGGGUACUGAGAUUGAGAGAGAAAAGAGAGACGUUGGGAAUGGAAAUUGGAGAGAAGAAAGAGGUGAAAAGGCCCCUUACCAGACGUUCUAGGAAGGGUUGCAUGAAAGGAAAAGGUGGGCCAGAAAAUGCUCUUUGUAACUAUAGAGGUGUGAGGCAAAGGACUUGGGGCAAAUGGGUGGCUGAGAUACGGGAACCCAAGCGAGGUGCACGCCUCUGGCUGGGUACCUUCAACACCUCCCUCGAGGCAGCGCUUGCCUAUGAUGACGCCGCACGCAAGCUCUACGGGCCAUGUGCGAAUCUCAACCUGCCAGAACUCCACGUCAAUUCUUCCAACGAAACAUCGAUCUCGGCCCCUUCUCCCAUGCAGUGCUUACCAAGCAGCGGGCCCACGUUAGAACCCGCAUGUUCUUUGGCUGGCCCUUUUGAGCCGUUUCCGAUGACAGCCUUGGAUUCGGGUGCUUAUCUGACUUGCGCUGCUGUCGACAGCGAUGUGAAGGGAGGGCUGUGGGGUGAUGUCUUGGGAUUGCCUGAAGUGCAAGAUCCUAGCUGGAUGGAAAUGCCGGUUCAUCGCAAUGUCAUGGCCAUGAAAGAUUUCGAAUUCCCUGCUGGAGUGCUGGAUGGUGAUGGGAAGGAUUUGUUGGGCUGCGACACCAUGUAAAUACCAUGGUUCGCGUAACCGUUGCAACCGUGCAUGUUUCAGCACGUGUGAGUAUAGAAAUGCCACGGAGGCUCAUCCUCUUGGCCCCCCCCACGUUAUCAUCCACACCCUUUAUUUGGUAGGACCCCAUGUACAAAUUUUUAUAAAUAUAGACACCUUUGUAUGGACGGUUAGAACCUCUUAUCAGUGAGAUUUUGUAAUCUGGGCCAUUUACGAUGGGGCCUUCUAUAUGGACGGUCUGGAUUAUCGUGCAGUGGACCAGAAGGUACGAAUCUCAUUAGCUUUAGUGAUGUAAAUACUCCCAAGUUGCUAUGUAUAAAACAAGAACGGCGCUUACGUUGUCCUUAUCUU